UGCCUAUUCACCUUCCUCAACCCUCAGCAGUCAGCAACAAACGCAGCCCACGUUUUUUUUUUCUUCUAUCUCCUUCUCUUUUCCUUUUAUAUAUUGACCCAACACAAGCAACUUCAUGGCGGCUCGCCCUACUAUUGUCCCUCGCUGCUCUUUCUUAACCCAACACUUUGCUUCAUUAGCGCCGGCUUCUGGGUGAAACAAAACAGGUUUUUGCCUCAUCAAACAUCGAGUUGCGUCUUAUAAACAGAUAAAAAGAACUUUCCUGCUAGGCAAACCGACCAUUAUGCUCCCUCUUAGCUAAGUCCUGGAUUAGAACCACUAGUUAGUAGCGCGUUGUUUCUGAUUUAUGAGCGGGAUUUUUUUUUUCCCCGGGAAAAUUCGUAAAAGCUACAGGCUGAGUGACUGAAAUUGCAAAAGAUUAGAGCUUUGUAACAGUGCCAAGGAAAGCUCUCUCCAUGGAGGGAGAAAAUGGCGUGACAGAGAAGAAAGGAACAAACGAGGUCGUUGUGCAGAUUCUGGGUACCGAAGAAGCUUUCGUCCCCUGCAAAGAUAGCAGUUCCUACACUGUUUCAAAGAAUUCCCGGUUUGGGUCUUCUCCGAAAUCGAAUAAAGGUUCAAACUUGGAGCUAACAGAGCUGCAGGAUCUCAAAAGCCGAGCCCAAACGUCUACAUUUACAGCCACUACUUCUCCGGCCCCAAGUCCGACUCCUAAUAAGCCUCCGAAGAUCCCAAAUGAGACCUUAACGCGAAGAAAAUCGCUUGCGCAAUCGGCGUUCUCGAAGCCCAAGUCGAGAUUGGUGGAGCCAUCGUAUGCUGGUGAUGCCAAUUUGGCGAAAGAGAAGGCCGAGUUGGUGAAUACCCGUAAUAGGAACUCACCGAAUGUCGCUUCCCCAAGCCACAGAGUCAGUGUUAGUACUCCACGGGAUAACUUGAAGUCAGCACCAAUUACACCCAGAACGCCGUUGAUCGGAUCGCCAGGAGGAGAGGACGAAGAUGACGAUGAGGUGUACAAGUCGGCCAAUCUUAAAGUGCGAGAGAAAAUAGGUAAGAAGUUGAAAAUGACGGUCUUGGUUGAGUGGAUUGCGUUUGUGUGUAUUAUGGGGUUUUUGGUUUCUAGCUUAGCUGUUGACAAAUUGCAUAACAGUGUGAUUUGGGGUUUGGAACUGUGGAAAUUGAGUGUGCUAGUGUUGGUAAUCUUCUGUGGUAGAUUGUUCACUGGGUGGUUCAUUAAUGUUUUGGUUUUCUUGAUUGAAAGGAACUUCUUGCUUAAAAAGAAUGUUUUGUAUUUUGUGUACGGGUUGAAGAGGAGUGUUCAAGUUUUUGUAUGGUUGUGUUUGGUUCUACUAGCAUGGGGUUUGUUGUUGAGUAGGGGGGUAAAAAGAUCGAGGAAAACAUCUCAGGUUCUAAAUUAUAUCACGAGGGCUCUUGCUGCUUGCCUUAUUGGGGCAGCUAUAUGGCUUGUGAAGAAUCUGUUAGUGAAGUUACUGUCUACUUCUUUCCAGUGCACGAGAUUCUUUGACCGGAUUCAAGAAUCAAUCUUUCAUCAGUAUGUGCUUAGGACCCUUUCAGGGCCUCCGCUGAUGGAGAUGGCAGAAAAGGUUGGGACCUCAGCAAGUGCGGGGCAAUUGAGUUUUAGGGAUAUGAAGAAAGCAAAGGGUGAGGGGAAAGAAGAGGUGAUUGAUGUAGACAAGCUCAAAAGAAUGAAGCAAGAGAAAAUUUCUGCUUGGACCAUGAAAGGAUUAGUUAGUGUCAUAAGAGGUUCUGGACUGUCUACCAUCUCAAACACACUAGAUAAUUUUGAUGAUGAUGAUGAGAGUGAGCAAAAAGAUGAGGAGAUCACUAGCGAGUGGGAAGCACAGGCUGCUGCUUAUCGGAUUUUCAAUAAUGUAGCGAAGCCUAGAAGCAAGUACAUUGAUGAGGAGGACCUCUUGCGCUUCAUGAAAAAGGAGGAGGUGGACAAUUUGCUACCACUGAUUGAAGGAGCAGCAGAAACCAGAAAGAUCAAGAGAAAAUUUUUAAAGAACUGGUUGGUGAAUGUUUACCUCGAACGCAAAUCACUGGCACAUUCCUUGAAUGAUACCAAAACAGCCAUAGAGGAGCUGAACAAGAUUGCUUCAGUGAUUGUGCUUAUUGUGGCCCUUAUUGUGGGGUUACUUAUGAUGGGAUUUUUAACAACCCAAAUCCUUGUCUUCAUUUCUUCUCAACUUCUACUUGUGGCGUUUAUGUUUGGUAAUAGUGCCAAGACCAUGUUUGAAGCCAUCAUAUUUGUAUUUGUGAUGCACCCAUUUGAUGUAGGGGACCGUUGUGUUGUUGAUGGAGUGCAGAUGGUUGUUGAAGAGAUGAACAUUUUGACAACAGUCUUCUUGAAAUAUGACAAUGAGAAAAUAUUCUAUCCAAAUUCGGUUCUGUCUACCAAACCGAUCAGCAACUUUUACAGGAGCCCAGAAAUGAGUGAUUCUGUUGAAUUUGCGGUAGAUGUUUCUACUUCCAUUGAGAGUAUUGGAGCCCUAAAAGGGAGAAUAAAAACGUACUUGGAGAGCAAGCCUCAACACUGGCGUCCUGGCCAUAAUGUGGUUGUUAAGGAGAUUGAGAAUGUAAACAAGAUGAAAAUGGGUCUUUACGUCACACACACCAUAAACUUUCAGAACUAUGGGGAUAAGAACAGUCGGAGAUCCGAACUACUCUUAGAGCUGAAGAAAAUUUUUGAAGAGCUUGGUAUUAAGUAUCAUCUGCUGCCUCAAGAAGUUCAUCUCAGAUAUGUUGACUCAGCUCCUCCAGCAUUUCAACCUCUGGGGUGACGAUUCUUUGUGCAAAAAUUUUCCUCUGCUGCAGAGGACAGGUGCAUGCGAGGUGAAUUCCUAGUCUCUGUGGUUUGUAAAGCAAAGAGCAGGAUUUGUUGUAAUUCAUCUCAAGGAAGAAUGAUGAUUCAAGCUGGAUCUCAGUUCUUACCUCCUGUAAAAUGAACAAAAAUUGCGACAUUCUCCGGCUGGUUGUAAGGAAAAGAGCCGCAUCAAAGUGAUCACGAAUUGUUGAAAAUCCUGAUUGUUAUGUUUUUCAAAAAUUGUCUAUUACAAGUUUAGGAUGAGUUCAUGUUUAUUCAAUUUCAAAGAUGCGGGUAUUCUGGCUUAUCAUUA